GCCUGUCCGGGUUCUGAAGGCAUGUUCUUCUGAACUAACAGUUCUCGAGUUGGAUGGAAAGGAAGACUGAAGGCGACCUCGGAACUAGCACCGUGUAAAGCCGCUUGGAUAAAGUCAAGUGAAAGAAGGUAAGAAGAACUCGCAAAGCGUCAAAGGGGCCAUGUCUGGCGGCAACAGCGCUAACAGCAGCUGGACCAUCGUUAGUCCUGAGGAGACCGUUGCUGAAACUGUGAGGCCACUGGAGGAACAGACGAAGCAUCAUGUACAAGUUUUUGAACCAAGCAACCAGCCACCAGAGGGUGCCGACUCUACAUCGAGUCUCUCGGUGGACAACCACCAGGAUGCAGAAGAGAGAAAAGCAGACCCAAGUGACGACUCCAUCACAGAACGUCCCCCUUCCCUGCCUUCCUCUGUAAUCGAUGCCCCCAUUCCUCCUGGCGAGGUGCAGUCAGAGGUUGCACCCGACAACCCGAACCAAGACGCCUUCUCCGACUCCCUGAGCCACGUCACCCCGUCCCCUGACGAGCCCUCGGGCUCGCCGAUGAGCGCAGAGACUCUGGGAGGUGCGGAGCUGACGCAGCAAGAAGAGAGGCAUGACGGAACGUGGGAGGAAGGCCUCAAACAGGAAGGGCUGGAGUCAGACCUUCUUUCUAAACACCCAGACUCCUCGGAGCAACCAGAAUCGGAUGAAGAGCGGGCCAAGGACACCGAGUCCGAGAGGAAGCGCCUACUGGCCUCUCUGGAGCGAAUUGGGAGGAUAGAUGAGGAAGAGGAAGGAGAGGAAGAAGAAUUCCAGCUGCCACGGAAGAGGGAAGAUGACAACAUGUUCUCUCUGAACAAAUGUAUCCUGGGCGCCGUCAUCCUAGUUGCACUCGGUACCAUCUUGUUCUCCGGUGUUUUCAUGGACCUGGAUGAGGAGAGUGUCUACAGUACAAGGGAACUGAGCGAUUCAGAAGAACCAGGAAGACAGGAGUGGCUUCAUCCAGAGGCUCUUUCACCCCCAGUAGAUGCUGAAAACUCUGAACUUCUCACCAAAUUAGCCAAAGGAGACCAGCAAAUUUCUUUGUUGCAAGCUCAACUUGAGGCACAGAAAGAACAACUGAAAGCAGCCGAGGGGCAAGCGGCCGAGGGCGAAAUGACGCGGAUGCGCUGGCAGGAGGAAAAUAACAGAUUGAAGUCCGAAGUGGCAUCUCUUCCUGUCCUUACGAAAGAGAACGAGAUGCUGAGGAAGGAGCUAGAAACGCUGCCGACGCUUCAGCAUGAACUCGAAACUUUGAGAUCCACCGUCAGUAAGUUGACAGUGCCCCCAAGUGGUCAGCCAGCAGACAGAAAACAGAACGGCAAGCGUGAGAAAGAAGGGAAGGAGAAACAUGACCUGGGGGAAAACAAAGAGAGGGAGAAAAACGAAUGGAAGGCACGCAAAGAGAGCGGCGGAACAGAGCGGAAGCAGGCAGAUGGUGAGAAACGCAAGCAGGGAAAGUACGACGAUGUGAAGGAGGGGGAAGGAAAGCGCAAGGAAGAGAAAGACUUGAAGCGGGAGAGCAGAGGGGACGAGGGGAAGACGUGGAAGGAGCGAGAUGUGAAGAAGGAGCAGGCCGAGAAGAUGGAGAGGAAAGAGUGGAAGAAGGCCAAGCACGAGAAGCAAUGGAGAGGAGAGGGGGAGAAGGAGUGGCAAAAAGACGAAGGCGAGAUGCACAAAAUGAAGGACAAGUGGAAGCAGAAAGGGAAAAAUAGCAUCGAGGGACACGGCAAAGACAAGAGCUGGAAGAGCAACAAUGGUGAAAAAGGAAAAGGAGGGGAGAGGAAACACGCGGAGGACGCCAAAAAACACGCCGGUAAGACUGAUGACGGGAAGCAGUGGAGUCAUCAUGGAAAAGGUGAUAAGGAGCGCAGGAAGAACGGAGACGGACAGAAGAGGAAAGAGGACAGCAGUGAGUUGAAAGGGGACAAGUCCAACUGGCACAAGCACAAAAUCGCCGGCCACCAUCAUGAGGAGAACUUGUGGGCCGAGAGGAAGACGUCGCCUCCCGGGCACCGACAAUCCGCCGUCAAUUCCACCGACUACUGGACCCAACAGAGGAAGCGCCUCCACAGGAAGCCCAAACAGCCACAGCACUGCCACUCGCAGGAGGCCUGCGCCCAGGCCGAGGGCCUUCAUCCCGUUUCCCACCCCCACUUCGAGUCCAUCCUCCACGCUUACCUGGCCAAGGCCGAGCAGGCUGGCGUGGACUCCGCCAAGAGGGACCAGCUGCGAAAACUCACCUCCGAGUUCUUCCAGGAUGGCAUGUUCGUGCACGACCGAGUCAACUUCCGCAAGUUCGUCAAGGACGUGUCGGAUAUUCUGGAAGACAUGGUGGAAGGGGACGGCGAGGAAGACAGCGACCUGGAGGAUGAGAUGGAGGCGUUCGGGAGAGAAGCGCUGGAGAGGUUUUUAGUGGUGGGAGCCGGCGAGCAACCCAAAGGGGGGUGGAGGAAGGAGAACACACGAGCCGGUGGCUGAGGUUGAAAGGGAUGGCAUCCAUCGCUAAAAAAACACUGGAUGGCGGAAGACAUUUUUGUGCAAUUUCACAUUUCAUUUUUAGGUUCCAUUUCGUGUGUGCGUGUGUGUGUGUGUGUGUGUGUGCAGCGCACAUUAUCCCACUAUUUAUAGUACAUUUCAUCCACCGCAGUGCAGUUCUUAUUUUGGGUCACAGUAACAAAAUUCAGACUAUUCAUUUUUAUUUCUCGUUAGGGAUCUCAUCAUAUUUGCUGACAUGGCAAUGAUUUAACAGCUAAUAUACAUUUGUAGUUAGUGGAAGGUGCCUGGUGCGAUACAGAUUUCUUGUUUACCAACUUCCUCAACCCUUUACUGGGCCAAGGCACAUCAGAAAUAUCUCAUCGCACACCACCAAAUUAAACACAAAAAAAUGCAACAAACUGUGAUUAUUGAAAUGGUGGUAAUUUGUUUCAUUAAAUGUCAUCACAAAUGUACUGUGUGAAAUCUGUGCCUUUUUGGUUGAACACAAAGGUAUUUUGUCGUUUGAUUGGCAAUAUGGUACAGGUAAUUGCACCUUCUGCCGUUUAGUUGAGAGCAUGAAGUUGUUCUGCCUGUCACUCUGUCAGAGAGAUGAAAGGAAAAAUACUUUGAAAUAAAUAAUCAUCGGGCAAAUUCAGUGGGAUUGGAUAAUUUACAACGGCGCGCCUCUACGGCAUAGUGCUUGCGACUCAAUACACUUAAAAGCACAAUUACACUCCAGAUUUCUUUUAUGCUUUUGUCCACUUGGCUAUAUAAGAAAAAUUAUAAGCGCCGUUUUAUUUGAUACGUUAUUGAAAGCAAUUUGAUGGGCUCCUCCUGCCUGCGAGUGGUCCCACAUAUUUUACACGUCAACUUAUUCCUCCAGUGUCAUUUUUUUCUCCCUUCUGCUGCAGCCCUCGCACUGCUCGGUCUUAUUGACGCGAUACAGCUUGAAUCAUUUGAGUCGUUUCCCAUGGUGAUAUGUCUGGAGCUAUUGAAGUGAAUGUUCCCCCCCACCCCACCCCACCCGCCCCCCCCCACCCCCCUCAAUAAGAAGCCUGUUUCCUUUCUGUUUAAGUAUUUGUACAUAAUUGAAUCGAACGCUUACAAGUAACUUAUUUUUCAAGUAUUGCGAAAUAUGGCAAGGCACAGAAAAUAUUGUUCUAAGCUUAUUUGUCGCUCUUCAGGUACACGACUCAUCCUGGGCACUGAAGUCCUUAAUUUGUGUUUUAUUUUGAAAGUAACGCUGAUGACUGCUGGUUUACUAUUGCUUGCAGCUAACAAUAUUGCGACACAAUUGAAAAUGGCAGCAUUCAGAGCUUUUGUUGUUGUUUGAACUUGUCACCUUUGGCAGAUUAAUAAAAUGUGGCCAUCU